GAAAAAUAAUUAAAAUCUUCUUUUAUUCGUACAUAAACAAGGAAAAACAUGAAAAAUAGUCAGAAAUUAGGAGGCAUUAAAAAUUUGUAACAAAAUUGUAACCAUGAAGACUUAGUCCUAUAAGAGUAAAUAAGUCAAGAGCUGAAGGAUGAAAUAAUUUAAAUUCUAAGAAUGAAUGAAGAGAAUAUAUCUGUAAACGAAGCUAUUAUUGCACUGAAAUCAGAAAAUUUUAUUGACAGUCAUAAAGCAAUAAUUAAACUAAGAAGGACUUUAUCUGUAAAAAUAUUUUAAUGAUUAAAAGAAUUUUGAGCAGGCAGAAUAAAUUGCUUAAGAAAACGAACUAAUUCCACUUUUAUUUUAUGUAAUAGAAUAUGGAAGUACAAACUUAAUAAAAAUAGAAGCAGCAUGUUGUUUAAAUUAUUUAUUAUUUUAGAAAUCAUUUCAAUUUUAGCUGGUGGUAGAAGUGGAAUAACAAGAAUAAUUAUGGAAAAUGGAAUUCUUUAAUUAUCAUUAUCUGCAUUAGAUAGUAAUUAAAGUGAGUUGAUUAUGCUAAUCAUAACAAUUUUAGGUAAAUUAGCAGGUGAAUCUGUUAAAUAUAGAGAUUCUAUAUUAUAAGUUUGUAGUAUGGAAAAAAUAAUAAGUAAAAUGGAAUCUAAAUAUAAAUCCACUUAUAUAUGGUGUUUAGCUAAUUUAUCUAUAGGAAGACCAAGUCCUAAAUUUGAUAAAAUAAAACCAGCAUUUGAAAUAUUUGCAAAAGUAAUUUUAGAAGAAUUUAAUUAAUAAAAUUUAAAAAUGAUUAAUGAUGCUAUUUGGGCAUUAGGAUAUAUGAUUGAUGGUGAACCUAAAAGAAUAGCUGCUCUAAUAAAUAGUGGAGUUGUACCUUAAUUAAUAAAUUUAUUACCUAUGGGAAAUUUUGUAUCAAUUCUAAGAAUAUUUGAAUGUAUUUUUUAUGGAACCGAUGAAUAAAUUAAAUAUUUAUUAGAAUGUGGAUUCAUUGCACAUAUAAGAAUGAUUGUAGAUCCUAAAAGUAGAGAAAAAAGUGGAGAUAUGAUUUAAACCUUUGCAGCAACAGAAACUUUGUUUAAGGUUUUAUCUAAUUAAAACUUUCUGAUCUCUCUUUUUAGAUCAUUAAGUGAUAAUAAUUCUAAUUUAAGAGGAGAUGCUUUAGAAGUUAUUGGAAAUGCUAUUUAACAUGGGACUAAUGAAGAUGUUAAUUAACUUGUUAAAAAUGGACUUAUUUUAUAUAUACUAAGAAUGUUUGAAAUUGCAAAUGAAAAAGAAAUAGCUGUUAAUCAUCUUAAAAAAGGACUCGAAAUACUUAUUAAAAUUCUUAGAAAAGGGGAAAUUAAACUCAAAGACAAUAAGUCUAAUUAAUUCUUUACUUUAUUUAAAUAAUUAGAUGGAGUUAGUAUAAUUCAAAAACUAUCAUCCUGUAAAUAGGACGAUGUUGCGAAAUAUGCUUUAAUAUUUAAACAGGAAUUUGCCAUAUGAAUAUAUUAAAUAAUAUUAAAU